CGGUGGAUUCCCGCCACUCCGGCGGCUGCGCGUGGGCAUCAGUGAGAGAGUUCCGUAUAAAAGCUCCCGCAUCCUCCUCUGCCUCUGACACUCUCUGUGUUUGAAUGAUACGGUGUCUUCUUCCUCUCCUCCUCCUCUUUUGUUUUCUCGGGAAACAUUUUCCUGCAGUAGAAAUUGAAAUUCUCGUCUAUGGUUCUGACUCAAGCUUCCAAAAUGUCCCGGACUGACGAGGUGCACCGUAUAACGGAGAAUGUUUAUAAGUCCAUCAUGGAACAGUUCAAUCCUUGCUUGAGGAACUUUGUUGCCAUGGGGAAGACUUAUGAGAAGGCCCUUUCCAGUGUGACAUUUGCAGCAAAAGGCUACUUCGACGCACUGGUGCGGAUGGGAGAGCUGGCCAGCGAGAGUCACGGCUCUAAGGAUCUUGGGGAUGUGCUUUUUCAGAUGGCGGAGGUUCACAGACAGAUCCAGAUGCAGCUAGAGGACAUGCUGAAAUCAUUCCACAAUGAACUACUCACAGAACUGGAGAAAAAAGUGGAAUUGGAUGUUCGCUAUUUAAAUGCAGCUCUGAAGAAAUAUCAGAUGGAACACAAAAGUAAAGGAGAAAGUUUGGAGAAAUGCCAGGCCGAGCUGAAGAAACUGCGCAGGAAGAGUCAGGGCAGCAAGAACCCCUCCAAAUAUGGAGACAAGGAGAUGCAGUAUGUCGAGACCAUCAGCAGCAAACAAAAUGAGCUGGAUAACUACAUCUCCGAGAGCUACAAGAAUGCCCUAUCUGAAGAGAGACGGAGGUACUGCUUUCUUGUUGACCGUCAGUGUGCAGUGGCGAAAACCAGCAACACCUACCACACCAAGGGCAGAGACUUGCUGACACAGAAGAUCCCUUUGUGGCAACAAGCAUGUGCCGACCCAAAUAAACUCCCAGAGCGGGCGAUGCUUCUGGCUCAGCAGAUGGGCUCAGGAGUGGCGGGGACGCUGGGACCCAGUGUCCAUCACACCUCCAAAUCUAACCUGACCAUCUCAGACCCCAUCCCAGGGGCAAAGCCACUUCCCGUGCCACCUGAGCUCGCAGCUCUCAUGGGGAACCAACAGUCGAGGAUGAUGGGAGCAGAUAGUGUCCCCAUAGUGAAUGGCUCUGGAGUUCAUGUAGGAGAAGACUACCAUCGCUGGAUGGAGACCAGAGCCGCACACGAGAAACAAUCCCAACAGCCCCACAGACAUGGUGGAGAGAGCUUCUCCAACACCCUUCCGGUCCGCAAGGUUGCUCCAGUAAAGCCCAAGAACACUCUGGCGGAAACACAGACGCUGCCCAGGUCAAGCUCGAUGACCGCUGGAUUGGAGAGAAAUGGACGGACGCGUGUUCAGGCCCUCUUCUCCCACGCCGCCGGGGACAACAGCACACUCCUCAGCUUUACAGAAGGAGACAUCAUCACACUGCUCGUGCCUGAAGCCAGAGACGGCUGGCACUACGGUGAAAACGAGAAGAACAGAAUGAGAGGCUGGUUCCCGUUCUCCUACACACGCGUGAUUGCAGAACCAGACAGUAAUAAACUCCAUGUCAGUUUGCAGCAUAACAGGAGCAGCAGCACAGGAAAUCUUCUGGAGAGAGAGAUGGCAUUGCCAACGCCUGAUUAUGGCAUGCCCACACGCUUCGCCCAGCAGCAGAGCACAGCACACAGCCGACAGAGACCGUACAGCGUGGCAGUGCCAGGAUUCUCACAACAAGGGCUGGAGGAGUACGAGUCUCGAUUCCAAGCAAGCCGACCUGGCAGCAUCUCCCUCUCUUUGUUCUACAGUGCGGAGGGCAAAUUGAUUUCGACAGUGUGAGAGGACAGACAGACAGACAGACACACCCCCUACCCUCCGUCCACAUUCACUCCCCUGUCUUCCUUUAUCUCAACAAUCAUCCCCUUCACUCCACCCUCAGAGGAAGAGGAUCUAGAUCCACUUCUCUUUCUCUUAUUUUAUCCGUGUUGGAAGCAGCCUAAUGGAGCCGGAAUGCCCAGUAUUCCAUCUUGACCUUCCUCAUUAUACGCUCCUUUCAUGAGGAUGUUGAACUUACUUCAAUAAACAUGCUGAAUUGCCUAUAUGUAUCUCUUGCCUGUCUUUCAUGCAUGUACAUGUCAGCAAUGUAUGAACUAAACGCAUCAAUUCUGCCAUACAGGGCAUGACAGAUUAAAGCCAGAUGAAAAUAAAGACUCGUUUACAUCAUGAGCCUUUCUUCUGUGGAACACAAUACGGUUUAAUUAUUAUAUAACAUCUAAAAGGGAGUAGUGCUGUAAAUGUGCAGUUCAUGUCCAAUACGAAGUGAAAGCAUGCUGAAAUAUUACAGAGUGCUGUUUCUCCGUUAGGAAAAUUGAUCCCAUAAUUUUUCCAUAUUUCAAUCUUAUAAUAUGUUGUAUUAGGCCUAUUGUUUAGUUCAUUUCUGCACUGACACCUCGAAAGAAAGAUCAAGAUUGAUCUGCUUCAUGAUCUGACUGCAGUCUCGGUUAAUUUAUUAUCUCUCUUUAUACAGUCUAAUUUAAGUCUAUAAUGCAUAAUUCUAGCCGUUUUUUUAAUACAUUGAUUCAAUAGUUCAAUUUUACAAAACUUGACAACUGAAAAAAGGCUGUAUAAGAAAGUCUUACCUCUCUGAUUUAUAUUUGGUGAUGAUUAGGGAUGCACUGAUAUGGAUUUUUGGCUGAUAUCGAUAACCAAUAACUCUGAAGAUUUGGAGGCCGAUAACCGAUAUACUAUAGAAGAUAAAUAAAAAUAUUUCAAAAUGUUUUAUUUUUAAUACAGUAAAUAACUGUUUGGGGUGCUGUGAAGGCUCUGUCGCCUCACUAUGUGUGUGCGUGCUGAUAGCCAUCACACACGCUUGUUAUAAUCAUUAUAAAUAUGCAGAUCAAACUGAAAACAAUCUUACAUCAACAACACAUGGCAAACAAUGCGUUGAUAAUAACAAAUAAUCAUAUUCAAUUAGAAACAACCCAACCAGUUGUUUAGCACAUGCGCAUCACUGCUAUUAUGUUUACAGAUUGAGACGAUUUAAACCAAGCUACACAAUGACACUCUAUCAAACAUAUCUACAAUGAUAAGGAAUAUGGUUACGUACUGAUAUAUUAAUGCACAGCAAUACCACACAAAGGACGGACUUUGAAGGAAUAAACAAUGUGAGGAAAGCUCCGUUAUAGUGGACAAGUCUGAACAAGUUCAACUAACACAUGCGCGAGGCAGGCAGUUCUGUACAAUUAUGUAAUCUAUCGGCUUAAAGAUUUUGACAUCGGACCGAUAACGAUAACAUUAAAAAUAGCAUUUAUCAACCGAUAACAAUAUGGCCACUGAUAUAUUGUGCAUCCCUUGAAACGAGUUGGUGUCAAAAUUAAAGUGCACCUUGUCGCUAAUAAUGUCUUAUUUCUCAUCAACAUAAAUUAAAAUAACGACGCAUGACAGCUGAGCGAAAUAUGUGGGAAAAAUUAACCCUGAAAUGUGAGGAGAGUUUACUCGCCCAUGACUUGUUUUACCAUGUUUUGGUUCAUCUAGAAACUUUGUCAUGUGAAUGCGAACCACACAAAUAUGAAGAAGUUUUCAAUUUUUAAUAAUAAAAAAAUUGAAAUGGAAUUAUCCGCUUGUUAAAUGUAACGACACGCGAAGUGGCUUCCGGGUCCAAGCGCUACAUCAAAUUAUAGAGUCUCAACAAAUAGUAAUAAUAAACAUUUACAAAGCGAUGUAAUACUUUCGAAAAUUCUGAUAUACUGUAUAUAUCCAAUAUACUGUAAUAUACUGUAUAUAUCCAUAAUAUCAGAAGGUGAGAAAGUGAUACAUUUUUUAUAAAUUGUUAAAAUAUUGAUGUCUGUGAUGAUUUUUAAGGAAAUUCACUUUAGUGUGUGAUCGACUAAAAAGUGGUCAUAAACAAAUAUUUUGCUAAUUCAAAUGAGUAGUGGCUUAGACCCGGUAACAGUAUUUCAUACGUCAUGACUUAAUAAGUGUACAGUUGAUAGCCCCCCUGAAUUAUUAGCUCCCCUUUUUAUUUUUUUCCCUAAUUUCUGUUUAACGAAGAGAAGAUUUUUAUCUUCAUAAUAGUUUUAAUAACUCAUUUCUAAUAACUGAUUUAUUUUAUCUUUGUCAUGAUGACAGUAAGUAAUAUUUUACUAGAUAUUUUUAAGACACUUCUAUACAACUUUAAGUGACAUUUAAAGGCGUAACUAGGUUAAUUAAGUUAACUAGGCAGGUUAGGCUAAUUAAGCAAGUUAUUGUAUAACGAUGGUUUGUUCUGUAGACUAUCGAAAAAAAUAUAUAGCUUAAAGGGGCUCAUAAUUUUGACCUUAAAUUGGCUUUUAAAAAAUUAAAAACUGCUUUUAUUCUAGCUGAAAUAAAACAAAUAAGAGUUCUUUCCAGAAGAAAAAAUAUUAUCAGACAUCCUGUGAAAAUUUCCUUGCUCUGUUAAACAUCAUUUGGAAAAUAUUUAAAAAAGAAAAAUAAAUUCAAAGGGGGGCUAAUAAUUCCAACUUCAAUUGUAUGUGGAGACCACAGCUGAUCAGCAUUAUUUAUUAUCACUUUGGAGUUUGGCAGCAUUUGGUAAAUCUAUUCCAUUGUGUUCUAUUGAAGAAAGCAUAUUAUUAUGGGGAGUUAAUGGAAAACCUUACAUAAAGCUGCUGUUAAUUCAUUGUUUGUAACCAUGACGGUGGACUUCUUCACAAAUAAACGUGUUAAUAAUGAAAAAGGAGGAUUGAAAAAAUAUAUAGAUUUAUUCAGCUGUUUUUGAAGUAUUGGUUUGCACUGUGCAGUUGAAUUGAUUUAAUCCUUCACAGCUUUCAUUGUUUUUCCACUUGAUUGAUUAUACUGCUGAUGUAAAAGUCCUCCAUGAUCUCAUAUCUCAUCUGGAGCCUCUUCAGUAAAGUGUGUUUUUUCUAAAUGCAUCAAGUGUUGGUUAGAGAAGGAUUUACUUGACCUUCACAGUGUCUCAAGUGAUGAUUGUUGUGUUCUGAAGUUAAAUCUGUUACAUACAAAUGAGAAAACAUUUCCUGGAAUGGAAUUCAUGCAUGAAAGAAAAGACAACUGGUACCUACAUAUCCAUAUCCCAUCAUCACCCACCACAAGAGGAGCAAUAAGCUGAAAGAAGCCCCAGCAAGCAUUGUUUGUUUUUAAAAGAUGUCUAAUAGACAUUUAAACAUAGUCAUCUUGGCUAAAACAAGGCUAAAUUUGAGCUGUCAGUGAAAAUCUAAUAGACAUCUAAGAAUAGGCCAAAACUAGACUAGUCAUCAAUAGAAAAAACAGAAGAGAAAUUAAUAAGUACACAUAUAUAGUUUGUCUAAUCUGAUUGGCGACUAGUCUAGUUUUGGCCUAUUCUUAGAUGUCUAUAGUCACCGACAGCCCAAGUUUAGCCUUGUUUUAGCCAACCUGUCUACAAUUAGAUGUCUAUUAGACAUCUAUUAAACGUCUAUUAAACAUUAAAUUGUUUGCUGAGUGCUGAACGUCAGUGAUUCUUAACCAUGGUAAAUCACUGGAACGCAUGGUUGGCUUAUUGCUUGUAUAAAUAAAAAGCAGAAAGGAAUAAAUAGUCUAAAGGUGCCAAGCAACAUCUUUGCUGUAGAAUAUUCCGCAGUGUAUAUUUUUACAGCGAUACGUCUAUAAUAACAAUGUGCCAAGUCUUAAUAUAAUCCAUGUGAUCCAGUGCCUUGUACAUAGCAUAUACUAUUUGUAUAUAACAUUAACGAGAGAAUGAAAUGUAAUCAUGAAUAUUUUCUUUUGACAUGAACGCAUUUCUUUUAUUUACUUCAACAAGAUCUCUGUACAGAUUUUUGAUUCAAAACAUUUGUAAACACUAGCAAUAAUCAAAUUUGAUACCAUCUUUUUUUUAGGUUCAGUAUCACUUUACACUCCUUAUAAUACACUUACACGCCACUUGUGUGAGUUUUUAGCUUCUUUUCACAGGAGUGAAAGCGUAAGUCUUUUAGUUCCAGUGUGACGAAACGGAACUGAUCAAAUGCUUUUUUUAAAGAUACGAAAUGCUUAUGAUUAAGCUUUCUCUGAUGUGAUAGAAACUCUAUAUCGCUUGUCGAACAGUAAUGUUUAAAGGUGCGCUCACUGCUUUACACGUCCUCUGUAUUGUACUUGUACAUGAAGGUGAUGCACAAUUAAAUAAAACGCACCUUCAGUAUGUGUGAUGGAUCUCAAUUUGAUCUCUUUUUUCCAGAACUGAUGAUCUGCCAGGUGCUUUGUGUCUAUCAUUCCCCUGAUAGUUUUGUUUUUUUGGCUCUCUGUUCGUCUUUCUCUGUUUGUAACUAACCCCAUGUCUUGCUAUAGCUCUGCCAACACUCUCCAUCUCUGUUUUGAUGAAUUUAGAGACAAAAGCAGUAAAUCAAGGACUGGAAGCCAUUGCCAGUGUUUCUUCUUUCUGCACUAAAGUAAAGACCGUCACACUCAGAGAGAGAUCCGCCUCUGUCAUUUAUGUCAUUUUGCUUCUGGAAUGCCCACUUCUGGAUGUAAACGGAGAGAAAGUACAAUAAUUGUACAGCAAUGUGUAAACUCUCCAAUGUGCAUGUUUUUUGCCCACAUCUAGAACGGUGUAAUAUUGCUAAACGACUCUGUGACUUUCUACAGUUGA